AUGUCCGAUGCCCGAUCCCUCCUCCGUCAGCAACGUGCUGCCCGUCGAGUAACUCACCCUAACGCCGCCUACUCUGACACGGGCAAGCUCCUGUGCACCCUCUGCCGCGAACCCAUCAAGUCAGAAUCACUAUGGGAGUCACAUAUCUCCAGUGAGGCUCACAAGAAACGGCAGGUCGCCUCCGCAGCUGUCAGGCCCAGUCCUAACCUUACCACUGCUGCUGCUCCUGCUGCUGUUCCUUCAACGGUAAACAAGCGCAAGCACGAGGAGGACCAGGAGAUGGCCGAUAGAAAUGACAGUUAUGGGCGAGGUGAUGAGGAUGGCGACAGUCAGACAGACCAGGAUCACAAAAGAAAACGCAUCAGGCCCGAAGGCAGCUCACAAACACCCCCAUCGGCAGCCGCGCGCCGUCGACUCUCCCAGACGCCCUCGCAGGGAAUAGAGCUUCAAAUUCCCUCUCGACCGGCCACACCGCGCGACUCAUCCGCUUCUUCAUCUACAACGACUGCCAUACCCUCUCGCACGACCGACAAUAAGACACAGUCUGCCAUUGCUGAUGUUACUGCGCCCCCCAUCAAUGGUGCCGCCGCCAUCAGCGUAGACGAAGACGAGUGGGCAGCCUUCGAGGCCGAGAUUGCCGCCGCAGAUACCACAAAUAACAACUACGACGAGGCUACCAUCUCGGGAGCAGCCAUAACGGCCGAGGAGUUAGCCAGGCAAAAGGAAGCGGGUGACCAAGGGGGCGAAGGUCAUCAGCGCCCGUCAAAGCCGGAUACAGAGCUACAGGAUGAAAGAGAGGAUGCCAAGCGUGCGCUAGAAGACGAGAUGGACGAGAUGCGUGACCUCGAGGCCAAGGUGCUACGUCUCAAGGAGAAGAGGGAUGCUCUGCGGCAGAGAGCUACGAGUCACAGCCACGAGGUGGGCGGGGAAGAGACUAAGGCUGCUGCUGCAGCAGUAGCUAAGGGACAGAAAGAACCAAAUGGCAAGGGUAACAGUGUGGCAGUGGUGGCGGAAGGAGAUGAUGACGAGUCUGACGAGUCGGAUGAAGAUGACUGGGAUGGGUUUAGAUUUCGCGCUGCUGCGGCACGGUGA